AUGGCCGUCCGCACUCAGGAGGAGAUGUGCAGGCACUUUCUGCCAAUCCUUCGGGACAAAGGCACCAGGAUCAAGAAGAAUGGCAUGCGCUUGGCAAGGCCGGCGCGACCCAAUGAGGAGGUGUUGACGAUCGUGAACGGCGAGGUCGUGGCAAGGACAAACGCCACACACAGUGGCAGCAUGGUCAUUCGCCAGGACGGGGAAUCAGCCGACCACGAGUUCUACCUUUUGGACCCAGCAAAGUUUGCCAAGAAUUACGACUUACCGGGCAUUGAUCCUUGGACGCCGCUUUAG